GAUUGGGCCCGGCGGCGGCGCGCGGCUUUGUGACGCCGGCCGGCUUCUGCGCGAGGCAGCGCCCCCCGCGGCUGUGACGUAGGAGCGGGGCCGGUGGCGGCGGCGAGCCCUGCGGCGUUCUGACGGCCCCAGCCUCGGUCGCUCCCCGCGGCAUCCCGCCCCCCCUCCAGCUCCUUCUGCCCCCGGCCGCGUCCCGCCGGCAGACUCCCGAUGUGCGUGUGCAGCUGGGGCACGGCUCGGCCGCUGCCAUGGGAGCGACGCCCUGAGAGGUGCUGAGGGGCGGCCAGAGCCAUGACGGAGCCCCACAGGGUUCCCUUCACCACGCUGCACGGCCCGCUGAGCGGCGGCUUCCUGAAGAAGCCUCGGAAGGACGACUCGGAGCAGCCCCAGGAUGCGGAGCAGCAGUCGACGUCCAUGCGGAUCACGCUGACUCUCUUCGAGCCGGAUCACAAGCGGUGUCCGGAAUUUUACUACCCGGAUCUCGUGAAGAAUUUUCAAGCGAAAAGCAAGGGUGGUUCCGCAGGAGACAAGAGGAAGGACCCUGCUGAUCCCUUCAAUGAUGAUGAAAAGGAGAGGCAUAAAGUGGAGGCUCUUGCUAGGAAGUUUGAAGAAAAAUAUGGUGGCAAGAGACGUAGAAAGGACCGUAUUCAGGACUUGAUUGAUAUGGGGUAUGGAUACGACGAAUCCGACUCCUUCAUUGAUAAUUCUGAAGCAUACGAUGAGCUUGUUCCGGCUUCUCUUACUACAAAAUACGGAGGGUUUUACAUCAACUCAGGAACGCUGCAGUUUCGGCAAGCAUCUGAAUCUGAAGACGAGUAUGUUAAAGAGAAAAAGAAGAAAUCUCCCAAGAAGCGGAAGCUGAAAGAUGGAGGGGAAAAAAUGAAGAAGAAGAAGAAAGAUGAUUCUUAUGACAAGGAAAAGAAAUCAAAAAAGUCCAAGUUCCCAAAAGCCGGCUUUACAGCAUUAAAUGCAAGUAAGGAGAAGAAGAAGAAGAAAUACUCUGGAGCUCUCAGCGUCAAGGAGAUGCUGAAGAAGUUUCAGAAAGAAAAGGAAGCUCAGAAGAAAAAAGAUGAAGAGCAGAAAGUGGUGACUCCACCUGCAGAGCCUCCAGCCCCAAGAGAGGCAGAGGCAAUGCCUGACCCCUUGCUAUCGCUCUUUGGCCAUGCCAGUGAUAGCGACCUACUGCAGGCAGCCACGGCUAUGGACUCGUUAACUGACCUCGACCUGGAGCGGCUCUUCAGCGAGUCCCCCGAAGGAAGUCCCUUUCACGACGUGGAGGAUGGGAGCGAUCCUGCUGGGACAGGCUUGGAGCAGGAUUUCAAGCAACCGCCCUCCCUCCCAGAAGGACUGCCAGCCCCUUUGGAGAAACGCAUCAAAGAACUGGCUCAGGCUGCCAGAGCUGCAGAAGGAGAAGGCAAACAGCGAUUCUUCACUCAGGAUAUCAACAACAUCAUACUGGACAUAGAACUGCAGACCCGGGAGCUGAACAGCCAGAUCCGGUCAGGGGUGUACGCCCACCUGGCUGCAUUCUUACCUUGCAGUAAGGACACUCUAGUCAAGCGUGCCCGUAAGCUUUAUCUCUAUGAGCAGGGUGGCCGACUGAAGGAGCCUCUGCAGAAGCUAAAAGAAGCCAUUGGUCGAGUCAUGCCAGAGCAGAUGACUAAGUACCAAGAGGAAUGCCAAGCCCAUACUCAGGCCAAAUUUGCCAAAAUGCUGGAAGAGGAAAAGGACAAAGAGCGAGAUCGAGUUUGCUCUGAUGAUGACGAGGAUGAAGAAAAGGGAGGAAAACGCGUUAUGGGACCACGAAAGAAAUUUCAGUGGAAUAAUGAAAUCAGGGAGCUGCUUUGCCACUUGGUGAAGAUUAAGUUGGAUGGUUAUGAGCUUGACAAGAAUAAGGCUCAGUCUCUGGAGGAUUAUGUGAAGACCUUCCUAGAUGGAGAGGUGAAGCCCCUUUGGCCAAAAGGCUGGAUGCAGGCCAGGACACUGUUUAAGGAGAGCAGGCGUGUACACGGACACCUCACAUCAGUCCUGGCGAAGAAGAAAGUUAUCGCACCUACCAAGGUGAAGGUGAAGGAACCCUCCUGUAAACCAGAUAAAAAGAUCUCUGUUUCUAUUCCUUCAAUGCACUCAAGCAACACCUUGUCUUUGUCAUCAGAGCCCCAGGCAGGAGGUCUGGGCAUCAGCGCCCAGACCAGAGAACUCCUGUCCCUCGGGACAGCCCAAGCAGCCAGCAGCACUGGUACUCCUGCUGCCUUCAUGGAUGACUCCUUGGAUGAAGACUUAAUUCAUAAUCCUACUACCUCCCUUGAAGCAGUCUCUAAAGAACUGGCUGUGCUCAACAGCAGAGCGGGAGGGAGCCCUGACUUUACUCUUUCUGGAGCUCCAAAAGCUCCUCCGGAGAAGAUCCCAACUCUUGCGUCGUCAGAGGAGAAGAGGACAUUUCCAAAGGCCAGCCCUGCCCCUACAUCAUCCCCUGCUGGCUCUCUCCAGUCUCCUCUAAAUUUCCUGGCUGAACAGGCCCUGGCAUUGGGCCAAACUUCUCAAGACAAAAAGACAGAAAACUCUAAUUACAAAGAACUCUCUUGCCAAGCCUCACCCAGCAAAAUCCUUUCAGACAUACACCAGGCUAAACAGAAACAUCACAGCCUGGUCCGACCAAGCCAUGGGCCUCAGACCUCCACCCCAGUGCCGGGCGCUCAGGUGAAGGUCUUUCACUCAAGCAAUCAGCCACAGAAAACUUUCACCUCCCCGGCUCCAUUUGUCAAACUGCAGAAUUCCAAGUCCUCCUCCCCAUUGCCCCAACGCUCUCUCCUCCAGCAGGUCAAAUCAUCAACCAAAGCUCAGAGCUUCCAUUCCUCUGCCUCCCCAGGCAGCACCCAAAACUCCAGCAGUUCCCACAAAAGCCCAGGCUCAUCCUCAUCGUCUAUCAGUUAUACAGGAAAGCACUCAAGUGGCUCUAGUUCUUCAGGACAAUCUUACAAAUCACCCUUUGUUUCUGGUUCCCUCUCAAAGCAUGGGGCUUCUUCCAGCAGCUCCUCAUCGGGAGCAUCUGCAAACCAGGGCUGCUCCUCAGGGAGCUUGCUGCCCGCUGUGCAGGCCCCUUCCUCAAGCCAGGCAUCCAGCCGCCCCUCCCCGAGCUCCUCAGUGAAGAAGACGUCUGUUUCGCAGAAGCUGACUCUGGUGGCACCUCCUGGAGGUUCAAAUGGAGAUUCUAGUGGGGGCACUCAAGGGGUGGCCAAAUUGCUGACCUCCUCCCUAAAGCCAGCUGUUGUCAGCAGCACCGCAUCUUCUACCUCUGUGCCGAAAGGAACUAGUGGAGCUGUGCUGCUAACGAGUUCUUCCUCCUUAAGUGUCCUAUCUCCAUCCUACAAGUCCAACAAUCCAAAGCUGACAGCUGCCCUGAGCUCCACCCCUUUAGGUAUUAUCUCUCCUAUUCAUACCUUCCCUCUUCAUGUCAUCUCCUUCACUUCAGACUCCUCCCCGAAAGCAGGAGUAUCAAAGGAUGCAAUAGUUACAGGACCUGCUCCAGGAACUUUCCACCAUGGCCUUGGCCACAGUCUUCUAGCUGGCUUGCACUCCAGCCCCCACCAUGCAGCGCCACUCCCACAUUCUGCCCUGUCCACUCAUUUACCGCAAAGUCUGCCAGAUGCUUCUCAGCUUCACGGCAAAGGGUCCAAUGCACAGCAACGGAAAUUGUGACGUCUGCAAGGAGGGGAGCUAGAGCACACAUAGGAUCAAAUCCAGAGGACCAGGUCAUGGAUACCGGCUGCGUCUUUUUCUCAUGACAACUGGAGAGACUAAACUGCAAUGAGGAGCUCAUUGGUGUGUUUGCUCAGAGGCUUUCAGAGCGAAUCCCCACACCAAGGGCUACCUUGAGCCAUGUCCUAAUGAGAGAAGCACUUGUAGCACUGUUUUAUUGCUGCUGCCCUUCACGCAUUCCCUGGCACUGGCACGAGCUAGAACACGCAGGGGAACUCGGGUGGCUUGGCUUUCUCGCAGAAAGUCCGGUGCUGGUGGAUUCCACCCACCUGUGUCUACGUCUGCCAAGUACCUCCAAGUCCAGUUACCUCCUUGGUCUCCCAGUGGAGGGUAUGAAAGGUGCUUCUUUCUUCUGCUUUGGAUUUACUUGGAUAAUUCUAGCACUGCCAGUGCUUUCUGAAGACAUUUGACUAACUUUUCAAUUGUACUAUAAAGCUGUGCUACAGUUAAUUGGAAGACUUAACGUUUCCUGUGUGGUGAAUCUGAUGAACCACCUGAUGUUCCCCUCUGGAGGAGAAUGAAGACUCUCUGAAGAGACAUUUCUAGAUGCACUCAUGGACAUUGAGAUUUCUACAUAUUUUGGUUUUUGGAUUUUUUUCCUCCAAAGGGAUGCUUUUUUCCUGCUCAGUUUUAUCGUCAUUGCCAUCGAAUGCAUUGGAUUGAAUGGGACACUUCUCAGCAUGUCACAUGUAUAGGAAGACAUAAUUCCAGUGCCUUUUAUGGUGGAGCAAGAAUGGACUAGUGACACACAUUUCAGCCCUAUUUUGUGUGCUCCUCAACCCUUUUUUAAUCAUUCUGUAUUUAAGAUGUAUUCUGUUUUAUUUAAUAGAGCUUUUUAUGGUUGCACAUCAAAAAAAGCUGCACUGUCUGGACUUCAAUGGUGUCUUGGUGACUGCAAACACAGUACCAAAUCCAGCAAGAGCACCAGUUCUUAUCCGAGUUUGUGCAAGCGGGUUCCAGACCCUCCCCUAAAGCCAUUCUUUCCUAGGGUCGUCAGUUAUGAUCUCUUUGGUGGGCAGAGGGAAUGAUCUAGAUUAACCAAGGUCACUACUAUUCAAAUGAAUCCCAGAGAAUAAUAUUGCUCUCCUUGAUGAUUUCUGCACUAGAAUCAUGUGCUUGUCACAGCUGCAGGAAUGGGGACCAUCUGGAGUUGGGGUGUGUCAUUUUUAUUACUAUUUUUUUAAUGUUUUUAACUCUUAGACCUAAAUAUUUCUCCCCUGAGCACACCCUUUCAAACUGUGCGUAGCUAAAGGCAGGCUGUGGUUCCAAGUGAGCUUUAUGGGUUUUGGUUUUCUGCUCUCCGCAGUCUCUUUUCUCAGGCCCUUAUAGCCACAUCUGAAACAUGCAGUGGUGGCACUGAUCUGCAUAAACUUUACUGGUAUUUCAAGCAAAAGCUUGCAGCCUUCCUCCUUGGGCUUUGGGGAAGGAUGCUGACACCGAGUAUACCAGCAAAUAUCUGCUUUUAUUUUCCCCAUUUCUGGUAAGAUCCAUGAUGGACUGUUCUCAAUUUGAGCUGUUGAGUAAUUUCCCAAGAUCAGUGCGUUGCUUGUAUUAAAAAAAAAAAAAAAAAUGCAGCUCAGAAUCAAAAUUUGUUUACAGAAAAUACCUAGGUUGUAGCAAAAGAGCCAAAGACGGAACUUGUGUUACUAAAACUAAGCACAGCAGUUACUGAUGGUCUCUGAUCAGCGGAUGUCGCACAGUUCCCAUUGAAGGCCUAAUCCUGAGAGGUGCUUUGCACCUUUAACUUUCCAUGGUAUCUGGAAGAGCACGCAAACGCCUGGCAGGAUAGGGACUCAGCGAGUGACCCGAGGUACUGGUUCUACUCCCUCUCUUUGCUUUCACUUGAAUGCUUCUGCUGGGAGGCACCCAUGUGCGUGGCCAGAGCAGAAUGCCCUCGUUCUAGGAAUUUAGUGAAGCCUCUUGCCUCAGGGAAAUGUUUAUUUGGUGGAAAUUCUGUGGGAUAUUUUUUCUUUACAUGCUAUAAUGAAUGAGUGAAUGGUAUUGAGCAGAGUCGCAGCAAGGCAGAACCACGUGGAGACCUGACAGCUGACGGGGAGCCAGGAGUCCGGCACCUCUGCCUUGACGGGGCAACUUGCAGCACUUCGUGACAGUGUGGGGCGGCGAGGCUCCCAUGGCACUUACUUAGUAUGGCAGUUCCUUUUGGGUGUAAGAGCUGCGGUUUACUAUUAUAUUUUUUUGUGUGUGUUGGGACUGUCUUGCUGAAGAUGGUGGGGGUGGUAUGAAAACUGUUAAUCUUGUACAGAACAACUGAAUAAAUUGUUUCAAAGUUUCCA